GUCGAACCCGGUUAAAAUCAAAUUUCGGGCUCUACAACACGUCCAAAAGCUCCCGACAUAAUGGGAAUUCAAGGCCUGUUGCAGUUUAUCAGAGAUGCUUCAGAACCCAUAAAUGUGAAGAAGUAUCGGGGGCAGACAGUGGCAGUGGACACAUAUUGCUGGCUCCAUAAAGGGGCAUUUUCGUGUGCAGAGAAACUUGCGAAAGGGGAACCUACAGAUCAAUAUGUGACCUUCUGUAUGAAGUUUGUGGAUAUGCUUCUUUCUUUCGGUGUUAAGCCCAUAUUAGUGUUUGACGGACGUAACUUGCCUUCCAAACAGGAAGUGGAGAGGACCCGGCGAGAGCGUCGACAGGCAAAUCUGCAGAAAGGCAAACAGCUAUUGCGGGAGGGAAAGCUAUCAGAAGCCAGAGACUGUUUCACUCGCUGUGUUAACGUCACCCCAUCCAUGGCUCAUGAUGUCAUCAAGGCUGCCAGGACACGUGGAGUGGACUGUGUGGUCGCUCCAUAUGAAGCUGAUGCCCAGUUAGCUUUCCUUAACAAAUCUGGUAUUGCCCAGGCAGUGAUCACAGAGGACUCGGACCUGUUGGCGUUUGGAUGCAAAAAGGUGAUUUUAAAGAUGGAUAAACAGGGUAAUGGCCUGGAGAUUGACAAGUGUCAUCUGGGCCGCUGCAAGAUGCUAGGCAACGUCUUCACAGAGGAGAAGUUUCGUUACAUGUGCAUCCUCUCUGGCUGCGACUACCUUCCAUCUCUGUAUGGCAUUGGCCUGGGAAAGGCAUGCAAGCUGCUCAAGAUGGCAAAUAACCCAGAUAUUUUGAUGGUAAUAAAGAAGAUGGGUCAGUACCUGAAGAUGGAUAUUUCUGUGGCAGAUGAGUACAUUCAGGGUUUCACGAAAGCCAACAACACAUUUCUGUACCAGCUUGUCUUUGACCCCUUGAGGAGGAAGGUGGUUCCGUUGAACCCUUACCCGGAUCACAUUGACCCUGCUUCCCUCAGUUAUGCUGGAACUAAUGUAGGAGAUGUGAAAGGUAUGGAAAUGGCUCUUGGGAAUCUGGACAUUAACACAAUGCAAAGGAUAGAUGACUUUAAUCCUGAUGUGCCUCAAACUCAGCCCCCUAAAGCUGCUCGCAGUAGUAGCUGGAAUAACAAAUGUGACAGCAGUGGCCCAUUGCGGACAAGUAUUUGGAGCAAGAAUUAUGAACCAGGCAACACCCAGCCACAGAGUCCUGCCACCACCAAAAGACCCCCUCCCACCCGGGGCAAAGAGAGGGUUGUCAGCGUGCAGAGUCUGAAACUGUCUCAGAGAGAGUCACAGGUGAAAAGACCCCGUGAAGACUCCAGUCUCUCCGUGGAUGACCUAUUAGGGCAGUACUCAGCAAGUGUAAAGAGACACUGUACUGAAACUUCACAUGCCACUGACCGACUGGAUGUCACAGAAUCCAGUGUUCCAAAGGAUAACAGGUGUAGCAUCACAACCGUUCAGCCCCAGCCUCGAAACCGCUUUGCAACAUUGCUGCAGUGGAGGAACCAAUCGGAGGAUGGCACUGGAGAACAGGGCACACGCAGCAGGUUCUUCAGCCAUGGUGAAUCAAGUGUGAUACAGACACAGGAAGCCACAUUAAAACAAGGUUUAUCUCCACCUGAAGAGUGUAUAGAGAUGUGUCUUUCCGAAUCUAGUGAAACACCAUCAUUAUGUCAGGAGCCCAACACAGAGGCAGAACAGGCUAAAGAUGAGUCAUCCAGCCCCCCUGCAUCACCCUCCCACUCCCCCAGGCCUGCUAGUCAGGGUCUGGGGCUUUUCACCUGGUCAGGAAACACCAGAGAACUCAAUAAAAUUACUUCAAAUCCACCCACCUCCACCACAGACAGACUGGGAUCAUCCUCCACCCCAUCAGGAUUGUCCACUUUGCAGCAGUUCCACCGAAAGAAGGCAUUCACCUGGGCAGAAUCUGGGAAGCUGUCUUUCUUAUCUUCUCCUGUAGAGGGCAGUGAGGAUCCUGAGAAAUCUCCCAGUUCUCCUCCAUCUCAGGACAGUGCCUAUUUCUCUCAGUCCAGCAGCACUCCUGCUGAUGUGGAAGUGUUCUUUACUAGCUGCCAACUGACAGAUGACACAUCUGAUAAAGAGAAGGAGAGAGAGUCAGAGUGCUCCAACAGCCCUAGCAGUUCUCCCACAGACAAGUUCAAACCUGCUCUUAAUAGAGCAAAGGUUUCAGGGUUGUCCCGGAAGCAGCCUUGUGGGCAGGGUAAAGGUGGUAAAAUUGAGACCUCUGCCCCCGCAAGACCCAGCGGACUGAGAAAGAAGCAGAGUGGGAAAAAAAAUGCAGUCAACAAUGAGAACAGUCCUGGCUUGCAAGCCACCAUCAGCGGCCUCUGGGAGGCCUUCAGCUUCAAGAAGGACAAUCCAAAGCUAAGCACUUGCAGGAAAGGAGAGCCAAUGUCACCAGUCAAAGAGAAUGUGAUGACAGAAACGGCUGCUGAAUCAGAUAAAGAGAUUCUUAUCAACACAAAAUGACAUGUAACCUUUUAUUAAAGCCAUUGUUUCAUUAAGAGUUACAAAAUGGUUACCAGCCAUAGUCAUUGUAACAUAUUGUGUAUGUUCAUGU